CUGAGAAAAUAUUUUCCCAUUUCCCCUUUCUUUCCUUCUUUAAUUUCUAGUCGUCGUUUCUGGGUGAAAACACAGUCGUCGAGCGAUAAACUUCCACAAGACAUGGCUCCCCGAAUCUGCUCGCAACAUCGGAAGCAAGAUGAAUAAGCACUGAACAGUGAACACGAUCCUUUCGCUCUCCCUCUCUAUAUCCAUCUCAUUUUUGGGAGUACUGAGAGCUAGACGAAAGGGUUUGAACCCCCGCUCGCAAUGGCGAUUCGCAGAGAGAAACCCCAGUCGUUUCGCGGAUCUCCCGUCCUCGUAGCCAUUGUCGUCGGAAUUCUUCUCGGUUGCGUUUUCGCUUUCUUGUAUCCUCGCGGAUUCUUCAGCUCCGAUCCGGCCAAUGCGACAACUCGUCGAAUUGCCAAAUCAGAUCUCCAGGCUGCCAGUUCCUGCGAAUCACCCGAAAGAGUUAGAAUGUUGAAAUCAGACAUAGUAUCCCUAACAGAGAGCAAUGCACUGUUGAAGAAACAAGCCAGGGAGCUCAACGAGAAGCUGCAGAUGGCUGAACAAGAAAAAGAUCAUGCACAGAAGCAAGUUCUGCUUCUAGGCAAACAGCAGAAAGCCGGGCCUUUUGGCACCGUCAAGAGCUUAAGAACUAAUCUCGCAGUGCUCCCAGACGAAUCAGUCAAUCCUCGGCUGUCAAAACUCUUGAAAGAAAUCGCUGUCCAGAAUGAGGUCAUCGUUGCUCUAGCAAAUUCAAAUGUGAAAGAAAUGUUAGAGGUUUGGUUCACCAACAUCAAAAGGGUUGGCAUACCGAACUACCUUGUUGUGGCACUCGAUGAUCACAUCGUCGAUUUCUGCAAAUCGAACGGUGUUCCAGUCUAUAAAAGGGAUCCAGAUGAAGGUGUUGACUCGAUAGCAAUGACUGGUGGAAACCAUGCAGUCUCCGGGUUGAAAUUCCGCGUAUUAAGGGAGUUUCUCCAGCUGGGGUACAGCGUCCUGCUCUCUGAUAUUGACAUUGUGUUUCUCCAGAAUCCAUUUCAUCACCUGUACCGAGACUCCGACGUGGAGUCCAUGACUGAUGGCCAUGACAACAGGACAGCGUACGGUUUCAAUGAUGUGUUUGAUGAGCCUGCAAUGGGGUGGGCUCGGUAUGCUCAUACGAUGAGGAUAUGGGUUUACAACUCUGGGUUUUUUUACAUGAGACCUACUUUACCAGCAAUCGAGCUGUUGGAUCGAGUUGCUGGGAGGUUAUCUCGUGAGCCAAACUCGUGGGACCAAGCAGUUUUUAACGAGGAGCUCCACUUCCCGUCCCACCCAGGUUAUGACGGGCUUCAUGCUGCGAGGAGAACUAUGGAUUAUUAUCUGUUUAUGAAUAGUAAGGUGCUUUUCAAGACUGUGCGGAAAGAUGCUAAGUUGAAACAGCUGAAGCCGGUAAUUGUUCACCUGAAUUACCAUCCAGAUAAGUUUCCUAGGAUGAAAGCUGUUGUAGAAUACUACGUUAAUGGUAAGCAAGACGCUUUGGAACCCUUCCCCGAUGGUUCUGACUGGUAGGCAGAAUGUUAGAAAGCAACAGAGAAGUUUCUUCCACAAUAGCUUUCACCUUGUACUAAUUCCACAAAAUAGGGUGUAGAUUAAGUUUGAUCCUUUCUUAUGCUUUUCAAUGAUGAAUGCACCACUCUUUCAAAUGAUCAGCUUUGUGCGGUUUUACAUAAGGUGUCUAUUCUCUUUCUUUAAUGUCCCCAAACACUCGGUUUUAUGGCGCCAAUUAAAGAAGAACCCGCCAAAUUCGUGUGACUGGCAUUAACUGCACAGCAAAGUUGGAUUGGGUUUUGCCUAUUCUAUG